AUGUUAGCCCGAAGCUUUGUUUGGUGGCCGGGGAUUGAUAAAACCAUUGAAGAGACUGUUCUCUCAUGUCAUGUGUGUCAGAGUACAAGGAAUGCUGUGGCUAAGGUGCCAUUAUGUCAGUGGCCUAGAGCUUCAAGUAGGUGGCAGCGCAUCCACGUGGAUUAUGCGGAAGACCCACUAACAAGACAACAAAUGCUCAUAGUUGUUGAUAGUUUUAGCAAAUGGCUAGAAGUGUUUAUCAUGAAAUCUACUACAUCGUUUAAAACCAUUGAAAAACUGCGUACGCUGUUUGCGUCUUUUGGCCUACCGGAAGAAUUGGUCAGUGAUAAUGGUCCCAAUUUUGCUAGUGGGGAAUUCAGAGAAUUUCUGAGCAACAACGGUAUUAAGUUUACGCUCUCACCUCCUUACCAUCCUGCCUCGAAUGGGGCUGCAGAAAGAUUUGUACAGGAAGUCAAGAAGAACCUUAAAAGACAGGUUAUGGCUAGUGGUUAUGAGACCAUUUCUUUACAACAUAAAUUGGAUAAUUUCCUCUUUGCAUUUCGCAACACACCCAGUACUGUCACUGGUGUUACCCCUGCGGAAUUGUUCCUUCAAUGGAAACCGAGAACUAAGUUGACAAUGCUUAAACCCUGUUUAUUGUCAGCCAUUGAUAAGAAGAGGGAGGCGCAGAAGGAAGCAGCCGAUAACCAUCGGGGAAGUUUCAGAUCCUUUGUGGAGGGAGAAAGGGUGCUUGUGAAGUCAGUACGGCAGGAGAUCAUUUCUUGGAUUCCUGGGAGAAUUUUGGAGCGGAAAAGUCCGUCUACUUAUGUGGUGAGCGUCCUGGGAGGUAAAAUACGUUUCUGCCACGCUGAUCAUUUGAGAUCUAGCAAGUUGACUGAGGAAGAGGAAGUAACAGUCAAUAGGCCGGUAGUGCAAUCUCCGAUCAAAUCCCCUGAGCACAAGUCUACUGUGGGAAUACAAACUCCGCCAGAGCGAUCACCUCGUGUCAUGGAAACUCGGAAUACAUCACCAAGACAACAACGGAGUGUAGGCCUACCAAAAUCUCCAGCUACGCACACUACAGACGAGCAUCCCGAAGUGCAGCCCAGCCAGCAGUGCAGCCCGCCAUCACUUCGGAGAUCUCAAAGGACUGUGCAAAAGCCGAAGCGGCUCGACCUUUAA